AAUACUCUGAUUUGAGCUGAUGGUGCAGAGAAAUGUAUAGAAAGCACUGAAUGUGACUUGGAAGCACAUCAGCUGCCUCCAACAGGACCAUAUUGUGCCUCGCUGGUAGAAAACUCAAGUCUGACCUCAUGCCUCAAUAACUCCACACAAUUAAAGUGUUUGCUCGUUAAAUACACUGGGGACUGCUGUGUGUGUGUGGGUGUGUGUGUGUACAUAAGAGUAAGACCAUGUCCAUGUGCCACCUUGUUGUGACUGAGAGGCCUGAGCUGAGGUCAGUGCUGCAGUCACAGAACAGAAAUCCUAAUUCACAUCAACAUGGUAGAAUGGUAAUUUUGUUGAUACUGCUUGUGAUACAUUCAGGUUGUGGUGCUAUACCACCAAAUGUCCUUUCCACUGCCACGUAAUGUUUUGAUACAAAAAUACGGCACCUAAAACCGGUUGACUACUUUUUUCUCUUGUUUCCCACCUAUUACCUCCUUCAUACAGGUACAAACCCUCACAGGUUAGGGCUAAAUGCCUUGCUCAAAAGCAGCUUGAUGGUUAGUCAACUAUGGCACAAACAGGUUGCAGUGGGCGUCUUGUAUGAUCCACCACCUCCACUACUGCUGCAUCACUGGCACUGCAGGACAAACUGUAAGUGUGACUUCACUGUGUUUACAGCCAGGCACACUGCAGGCUCAUUAGUGAGGCUAGAAAAUCUACUUAUUGGCAUUGAACAUUAUGCAGGUGGUAAAAUGCCUUUGAUAAAAAAAAAGUAUGUUUUAUGAAAAGGUCCAGCCUGUCAAUGUAUCAGGAUAUUUAAAGCAGCACAACCUGCAAUAACAGAUGUUUUCUUUUUGGCCUCUUGGGGGCAGCAGAAACAAGCUGUGACCACAACAUUGACAUAUUAUCGCCUCGUACAGUCGUCAUGGUGAACUUGUUACAGCCUGCAGACAUGAAGCAACAUUAGCAUUCCACCUGGUGAUUCUAAGUCUUUGUAGAUCUGGUUUCUGCUGGAAAUAUCUGGCUCUUUAGCUGCUAAAUGCUCAACUAUGUUCCCCAGUUAUAGUCACUAACUGCGUCUCUCUGCCGUUUGGUGCAGGGCUGAUAGCGUACAGCGGGUUUUCAAGAGUUUUUUCGCUGAAAACCGUAAAGUACAUCAAAACAAUGAGCUGGAAAGAUGCUGUAAAACUGAGGGAAACUCAUUGUCGGGCAACAAUUCUCUGUGGGUUUAUCACUAAGAGUGACCCUUUUCACAUGCAAGUGGUCACCUGAUCCGUUGCUAUAAAAAAAAAUAGUGUAGCUGCUUUAAUGAGCAGAAAAUCCAACAUGUUCUACCAUAACCUGCUGCUUAGACAGUUAACCUCCCUUUGGCUCUAUACAUUCCCAAGCCUUUACAUCAUCUGUAUCCCUCCACAGUGCUGACGUAAGGCUGGUGUCUGUGUGAGAGGAUUUAUUGUGGCUGCCCAUGGAAUGUGACAUGCUGAGUCCAGAGUGCUGGUUUGGUGGGAAAAGAUCCCUGCUGUACAGGACAACACACACACACACACACACACACACACACACACACACAGCAUGGGACGACACGUGUCCCGUUUGCGUCCACUACAGCGAGGUAGAGCAAGAACGCAUUUUUCUAAAUCUGAAAAUGUGACGCUGUGAUGUGAACGGCCCAUAUAUCAAGCUCCUGUUCACCUAAACUGCCAGAGAAAUGAGAGAGAGGGAACAGAGGGAAGACAAACAAUGAGUGGAGGUGUAGAUAUGGAGGAGUGGAUCAUCUCAGUACACAGUAUACAGUCAUAAAUCUGUUAUCCAAACUGAGCCUGAAGGGACCUCUUGGCACUUUGUUAUGUAACCAAAUUUAUACAUUUCAAAUAUAAGUAUCAAUUAUGCCAUAAAGCAUUCAAUCUCAAUGUUUCUUCACAGACUGCAAGAACUUGAGGCCACAUACUUCCUUCAUUUACAAUCGAAACAAUAAUCCACACAGACACCUGGCAGUACAAACACCACCAUCCGUCCAUCAUCACCCCCCUCUCCUGACAGGUUAAUAAACCUAACAUCUGAGUGACACAUAACACACAUUCACAGCGGCUGCUUAUAUCAGCCAGGAGGGCAGAGCACAAGUCCGUAUGCAUUAGACACACACUCACACUUUCCAGAGGGCUUUAUCAUCAGACGAGGCAGAGCUCUGACUCAUCGGCCCCGAGAGGAGCAGAGCAGACCAGCCAGUAUCUGCCAACAACACCAGCCGUUGAGUAAAGAUCCGCUGGAGACUAAAGGUGCAGAUACCGAGCCUCGGUCACAGAGAUAAGGCAAAGAUCAUACAAGCAAGGGGCGAGGGACACGUCACAUUCUUUCUUGAGAUCCUGAUCAGAAAAGUCAAGCUGGCGGCAGACGAGACAAAAAGCUUGUUGGAGGAGGGAGAGGCCGCAGUGGAGCAGGCCAACGGAGGACCGGACAGCCCAGCAGGCAGGGGGUGCCCCGGGCCACAUGGCAAGAUGGUGCGCGUUGAACUGGAAUGGGAGAUCCCCAUGUCGGUGACACUGCCCAUCCAGACGCAGCCCGACCCGGCGCACCAACCGUUCCCCUUCCUGGACACGACACUGGCUGACCUGGGCAUCCAAGAGUCAGAGGUGAAGGAGAGGGUGGUGUGGGUUGACACCAAGAAAACUCAGGUUAAGAACAAAGCAGGGAAGCUGAAGGAGAAAGAGAUCACCAUCCUAGAGGUGAGAGUGAAAGCCCAGAAGCCUGGAGACAAACAGCUCCAGGAGGUGCUGUACAGCACUGAGGCCCACACUGACCGCUCCUUCUGUCGCACAGGAAUGAACAUCCUGCCCUGGAAACACAGAUCUACAGGCCUCUGUGUCUGUGACAGGGGAGAACGGACUGACACCGGUGCAGAUGACUCUGGAGUUGGAAAAACAGCAGCCUGACUUUACUGAGGCCCAGGCACAACGGGAGAUCUGAGGAGCAGCAAACAGUCACCAUCACUAGUCCACGGCAAAGCACAUUUUAACACUAUUGUACUCGCGUUUAUUUAGAGGAUUCAAUCGUCUGUUUCUCAUUCCACAGUGAGGCGAGGUUGAAUGGCUUGACAUUAACUGCAUGGCGAAACUUCCCAGCAUUGUAGAUCAUGUUACAGUUUUGUAGCAUUCGU